CUGGAUUUGAGGACAUCCCACCAGCGCAGGGAAUUUCUCCUUUCCUUAGCAAAGUUGACUGAGCUUUCUGAACGAUCAGCUUGUGGAGUAGGUAUUGCUGGCUGCUGCCUCUUUCAAACCAGACCAUCUUCAGUUCAUCCAAGUUAUUCAGAGGACGUACUCUCAAAAUACGCAGGCGUGGCUGAAAGACCUCCUUGUUCUGAAGAGAAGACUCCCAUAGGGGAAAGUGGCAUUCACUGGCGUGGCAGGCCCAGCUUGCUAUACAAGGGGAGAGAAGUUGAUUGGAGAGUCCUGCAAGAAAGCAAGGUGUCUGGAGAAGCUUCCUUUCUUUGUAUUAGAACCAUGGACAAAGGCUACUCUGGUAAUGCUCACCAUGUAACAGGACACGUUUGUAUGAACUGAAGAACACUCUAUGAAGGGGAGAUUGCAAGAUACGGCCUUCAUUCUCAGCCUGCAAUCAAUUAGGCUCUCCAGCGAAUGGUCCCAGCACAUAUCUGAUGGAUGAGCGGAUGGUGCCGAAGCACAUGGAAACUCUUCAAACCUGGUGUGGCGCUAGCACAGACCUUGGCCCCUUGGAGAGACUGACCAAUCUCCUUCUGGUGGAAGGGCUGACCGACCUCCAGCAAAAACAGCAUGAUUUUGUACAGAUCGAAGCCACCAAAGGCACGGCCCACAUGUCAAAGAAGAUCUCAUUGGAGAAACUCUUCCUGCCUUUGUCCAGAUUCAGCAUCCCUCCACGCAUCUUGGUGACUGUUGGAAUUGCUGGCAUUGGCAAGAGCACGUUGGUAAAGCUGUUUGUCCAUACUUGGGCCAAGGGAGAGAUGGGUACAGACUUUGAAUUUGUGCUGCCUCUGACUUUCCGAGAACUGAACUCUUAUGACAGACUUUCAGCGGAGAGGCUGAUCCGGCUGGGCUCUCCCCAUUUAACGGAAUCAAGCUUUCUCUCAGUGGGUACUCGCAGGACCCUUCUUAUUCUGGACGGUCUGGAUGAAUUUAAGACACCACUGGAUUUUUCGGACACGAUCAUUUGCAUGGACCUCCAGAAGGAGAUCCAAGUGGACUACUUGAUCACCAACAUAAUCAGAGGCAACCUUCUACAAGAGGUUAACGUGUGGAUCACUUCUCGGCCUACAGCAGCCAGCCAGAUCCCAGGUGGACUGGUGGACCGGAUGACUGAAAUCCAAGGGUUUGGAGAUGCAGAGAUCAAAGUCUUCUUGGAUCGCUUGUUUGUUGAAAACCAAAACCUCUCCGAUAGCGUGAGGGAUCAUCUCAAGGUCAACAGAUCUUUGUAUGCUCUUUGUGCCGUGCCGUCGUUUUGCCACAUCUGUGGCUCUUCUGUGGGCCACGUUCUAAAGAGCACUGACGGCUCUCUGGAAGCAUCAGCACUUCCUAAGACUUUGUCUGAAAUUUAUUCCCACUACUUUAAAAUGGUGCUGUUUAGCGAUGGGCAAGCUAAACAGAAGGAUGCCCCCAGGAUAGAACAGGUGGUGAAUAAUAAUAGCAAGAAAAUGAUGAACUGCCUAGGCAGGUUGGCGUUUUACAGUCUGAUCAAGAGGAAGUACGUCUUCUAUGAACAGGACAUGAAGACGUACGGCAUCGACCUGUCUUCCCUGCACAUCGGUUUGUGCAAUAGGCUGCUUCUUAAGGAAGAGACACCCUUGUCGUCCGUGUACUAUUUCCCUCAUUUGACGUUCCAAGAAUUUCUGGCUGCCACUUAUUACUACGCCUCAGCAAAACGGGCCCUUUUCGAUCUCUUUGUCGAGAGUGGCAUGUCUUGGCCCAAGCUGGGCUUCCUCAACCACUUCAAGAAUGCCAUCCUGCGGUCGCUGCAGUCCGAGGACGGACAUUUAGAUGUCUUCGUGCGGUUCCUUGCUGGCCUCCUCUCCCCGCAAGUGAACAAAGCCCUGUCUGAUUGGCUGCUGGUGAGGGACGAGCAUCACAGCUACAGAAGCCAGGUCGUUGGCAUGCUUCAGAACCUGCUCAGCGUGGAUCGAGCCGUCUCCUGCAAGACGGUGAACCUCAUGCGAUGCUUGCAUGAGCUCCAACAAGCGGACGUUGCCGCCCAUGUAGAGGAAGCUUUAAAAAACGAGAGCCUGGCUGGGAUGUUAACGCCGCUCAAUUGCUCUGCCUUGGCUUAUCUCCUGCAGACUUCCGAGAUCUGCAGGGAAGAGGCCAAUUUGUCCAGCUGCCUCAGUCACCACACCUUCCAAAGCCUCCUGUCUCAGCUCCUUUACUGUAGUAAUCUCAGGUUGGACAACAACCAGUUUAAAGACAGUGCCAUGGACCUGCUGGGCAGCGUUUUGAGUGGAAAGGAUUGUCAGAUUCAGAAGAUCAGCUUGGCAGAAAACCAGAUUGGUAACAAAGGAGCCAAAGCACUUGCUAGAUCCCUGAUGGUCAACAGGAGUCUACUGGCCCUGGAUCUUCGGAGCAAUUCCAUAGGACCUCAGGGAGCAAAAGCGCUUGCCGAUUCAUUGAAAAUCAACCAAUAUUUGCUUUCUUUAAACCUCCAGUGUAAUGCGAUCAAGGAAGAUGGCACAAAAUCCCUGGCUGAGGCUCUCAUCAACAAUCACACACUGAUGACUUUGCACCUCCAGAAGAACUGCGUUGGACCCCAAGGUUCCAAGAAACUUGCAGAGGCACUGAAGAAAAACGGGGGCCUCAAGGAGCUAAUACUCUCCGGUAACUGCAUUGGAGAUGCUGGUGCAGCAGCCCUGGCAGAAGGACUGAAGGUGAAUCAGACACUUUUCACUCUGGAUCUCCAGAGCAACUCCAUCAGUGAUGUGGGGGUGACUGCGCUCACACGUGCCCUCUGCUCCAACCGAGGUCUCAUUAGUCUCAAUCUGCGGGAAAACUCCGUUAGCAAGGAGGGAGCUUGUGAGAUCGCCCGUGCCCUUCGAGAAAACAGCACACUGAGAAAUUUAGACUUGACUGCCAACCUGCUCCAUGAUCAAGGUGUCCAGGCCAUCGCGCUGGCGCUGAAGGAAAACCAGACACUCGCUUCCCUGCAUUUGCAGUGGAACUUCCUUCAGUCCAAAGCUGCGGAGGCCCUGAGCCAAGCACUGCAGGUCAACAAGAGCCUCGCCACCCUGGAUUUACAGGAGAAUGCCAUUGGAGAUGAAGGUCUGACUGCCUUGGCCUCUGCCCUGAAGGUGAAUUCCACACUCACUGCUCUCUAUCUUCAGGUGGUGAUGGUUGGUGAGAGAGGAGCCAGGGCCCUGGCAGAGGCCUUGGUGACGAACCAGAGCCUUGCAACUCUGGACUUGAGAGGGAAUGCCAUCGGUUUGGCAGGGGCCAAGGCAAUGGCCAAUGCCUUGAAAGUGAACUGCGCCCUCCGCAGGGUCAACCUCCAGGAAAAUUCCCUUGGUGUGGAUGGAGGCAUCUGCCUCGCCACUGCCCUAUCGAGAAGCCACGGCCUCACAUACAUCAACUUACAAGGCAACCAGAUAGGUGAAUCGGGAGCCAAGGUGAUUGCUGACACCAUCCGCGCAAACGCUCCUGAGUGCAUAGUGGAGAUGUGAGGAGGACUCUGCUGGAGGGCAGCCAGGGAGCCCGGAGAAGCCAGACUUUCCAGGGGAGCCAGCUAAAGGAAAGACCACCAGAUCCUGGACCAUCCCUCCUGGAAAUGGGAGGCCGGAACUGGAAAACGUUCUGCCUAGAGCUUCUCUCCUUGGGCCUGUUCUUACUUGCAUUUGGGAGGCUGUUGCUGCCAACACAGAAGCCUGCAUGGCUUGGAGAGGGUCAGCAGAUCUCUACAAGCAGCUGAUAGGAUACUGUCUGGGUUGAAGGCUCAAGUUCAUCUACAAUCAGCAGCAACAGAGGAACCCACAAGAACAUCAGAUGGAGGGAGGAGGCA